UUGUUUCCUCAGGUGGAAGCGGACGGCUCGUUGAAGGAGCAAAUCAAAAUGGCGAGUCAAGAGGAGUCAGUGAGGGAGUUCGUCGCUGUUACCGGCGUGGAGGAGGAGAGGGCCCGCUUUUUCCUGGAGUCCGCCGGUUGGAACCUGCAGCUUGCACUGGGCAGUUUCUUUGAAGAUGGAAACGAUGAUGACAUUAUCACACUUCCUCAGCCUGAGGGCGGCUCCUCCGUGUCUCGAUCUACUGGGCCCAGUAGUCAGCCCAGGGUGACCUCCUUCAGAGAUCUGAUGCAUGAGGCAGAGGAUGAAAGUGAUGAAGAGGAGGGUCAGAGGUUUUUCGCGGGGGGAUCAGAACGCAGCGGGCAACAGAUCGUUGGUCCGCCAAAGAAGAAGAGCUCCAACGAGGUCGUGGAGGAUCUGUUCAAAGGGGCCAGAGAACAUGGAGCCGUGCCACUGGACCGGACUGGGAAAGGACUAGGAGAAUCCAGCAAAGCAAAGGCUUUUGUUGGUGGAGGUUACAGACUGGGCGCCGCUCCAGAAGAGGAGUCGACCUACGUAGUUGGAGAGAGGCAAGCGUCUAACAGUCAGCAAGACGUACAUGUGGUUCUGAAGUUAUGGAAGACGGGCUUCAGCCUGGAUAACGGUGAACUUAGAACCUACAACGAUCCAGGGAAUGCCAACUUCCUGGAGGCAAUCAGACGAGGGGAGAUUCCUCUGGAGCUGAGGCAGCGUGCUCGAGGCGGCCAGGUCAACCUGGACAUGGAGGACCACAGAGACGAGGACUUUGCUAAGCCCAAGGUCGCCUUUAAAGCCUUCGAAGGUGAAGGACAGAAGCUAGGAAGUGCCACUCCAGAGUUGAUUUCAGCUCCACCCACCUCCCAGCAGGACCAGGCCGCCAACGAGGCCCAAGCCAGUUCCUCCAUCAGCCUUGACCCCUCCCAACCUACUACUAACAUUCAGAUCCGACUGGCUGACGGUGGCAAGCUGGUCCAGAGGUUCAACCACACCCACAGGAUUUCGGACCUGCGGCAGUUUGUGGUGUUGGCCCGACCCACCAUGGCUGCCAGAGAGUUCGUUCUCAUGACGACCUUCCCCAACAAGGAGUUGGCAGAUGAGAGCCAGACGCUGCAGGAGGCCAACCUGCUGAACGCUGUUAUCGUCCAGCGGCUAAACUGAGGCUGGGACAACGAGACAGCCAACACCCCCUUGAAUUCCCUCUGACCCUUUGCUUCCCUCACCCCAAAGUGGCUGAAGAACCACAGCCCCUCUGAGGGAGCAGAACACACGGACUUAAAUGGACUUCUAGUUUCUGAUUUUUGUUUUUCUAAAAUGAAAUGUUAAGAUGUUGCUCCCCCU